AUGGAUAUUAAUCAGAUAUUAAACCUAUUAACUCCAAUAUUUGUGAUCUGCAUAUAUUGUUUCCCUUGUGUAUCGCUUUACAUAGUUGGAUGUUGUAUCCGGCGUAGGAGGUCAAACUCCAACCUUGCUGUCAACGUAACAGCUCCUCAGGCUGUCAUUGUGUUGGCCAACCCACGACAACCUCAGGGUCAGGGUCGUCUAGGGGAUGUCCAAUUGCAGAGGCCAACGGGCAAUGUAGAAUCAGUGGUGAUAGACGUGGAGAAAUUGAUGGAAAUAUCUCGGAAUUGCGCUGAUUGUGCGAUAUGUUUGGAUAGUUUCAACAUCGGAAUAAACAGCGAUGUCGAUGAUCAUCAUCAUGAUAAUAAUGGUGGUGUUAAGACUCUGGAGCAUUGCGGGCAUAGGUUUCAUAGUUUUUGUAUUGACGAAUGGAUAACAAAGCACCAAAACUGCCCUCUUUGUCGAACUUUUAUACAAUCUACUACUGUACCUGCACAGAUUAUGCCGCUAAUUAUCUUGAGUAAUUAUAUAAUUCAAGUGUCAAUCGAUAUUCCUCCUCUCGGCUCUCGGGGAGUUGGACUCUAUCUCCUUCUUCAUUCUGUGGUUUAUCACAAAGCUGAUAACAGGAUUAAGAAUCCUGUAACAUUGGUAUCAGAGCUAAUUUGA